UAUAUAAUGAUAAAAUAAAGUUUAGUUGCAGGACCAGCCUUGCCUCCUGGCUUCAAGGGAAACUCAGGAAACUCUGAUGAUGAGCAGAAACGGGUCUCCGCUCAGAUGGCCAGAGAGACAGAGUCUGAUUCCGAAGAGGAUGAAGAUUCAAGCCCAGUUCCCAGGAAACAGAGGAGAUCUCAGGAAGACGAUGAGGAUGGGUUUUUUGGGCCUGCCCUUCCUCCUGGAUUUAAAAAGCAAGAGGAGUCACCGGAAAGACCUAUUAUAGGUCCUGCUUUGCCACCGGGCUUUAAGAAACCGUCAGAAGACGCUGAAGAAAAACGAGGCAACAAAAGCCAGGCAAGCGAUAGUAGCAAAGAAGAGGAAGAUAUAUUUGGUCCUAUGCCAGCCAAGGGAUCGGUGAAGGCCAACCCCGGUGCUGAGAUUGAAGAUCGGGCUCGAAGAAUGAAGGAGAAACUUCUGGGAGACGCGGAUGAUGGGUCCAAACAAACUAAAAGAGAAUCUUGGAUGAUCGAUCUCCCCCCAGAACUCAAAAACUUUGGUUUUGGUCCACGGACAUUCAAAAGAAGAGCCAAUGAUAAUUCUGGAGACAGAUCAAUUUGGACAGAUACGCCGGCCGAUAAAGAAAAGAAAGCUAAGGAACAGCAGGAAGGAAGAAAGCCCGUCUCUAAGGACGAUGCAGAAGCGUUCCCCUCCGAGAGAGACAGAAGGCUGGCUGAGCAGAUCUCCUCCUACAAUGUAGGUAUCCCAUGAUCUGUUUCCUCUCCUCCUCCGGCGAUGCUGGUUUCUGUG